AUGGCAACAGGUGGUUAUGACCCUCCUAUUCCGCCUUCAGGAAACUCAGAUAGGGAGAAUGGGAAGAAGAAAGCUUAUCCACUCAAGUUGUUGAACCGUUUCAAUAAUGUAAGUACUUCAAGUACUCAGCCAUCUACACCUACCUCCAUUGCUAGAUCUGUUCCACCACCACUGGCAGUUCCUGGUUUGACACCUACUCCACCAUCUAUACCACCUUCAUUGGAAGUUGUUGCCUUCACAGCUAGUCCACAACAAGUUGCUACUAAUCAAUGGAGAUCACCCUCCCCCCAUGUUGGUUCUAACCCAACAACUCCCACAAAUAUUUCACCAACACCUCCUACAGGUGAUGGAGUUCCACAUUCAAGUUCAGCGGCAAAUUUUGAAGAUGUUUCCAACAAUCGUCCAAUCAUUAAACCUAUUGGAGGAGGGUUUUAUCCAACAAAAACAACAUCCAAAGCAUUCACAACCACCAUUAAAGGACAAUUUGAUGAGCCAUGGGUGACAUGGGGACAAAUCCCUCAGACUCGCAGGGAUAUUUUCUUUGAGCGUUUUAAGGCUUUUACUUUCUAUAGACAAGAUUUUAGUGCUAAAGAAAAACUUCUAGGCUUCUCAAACUAA